AUGGACGAGCGCAUUGAUCUCUUCUGGACGACGGCGCAAGGCUUUGUGGACCCGAAUGGGAAGCGCUCGAAAUGGAAGUCGGAGGUCGCCAAGCUGCGCAAGUUCUUCUUCCGCAACCAGAGCGCGCGCCUCGCCGAGCUGCCGCAGCAGCGGCUCCUCGACACCGUCCGCCUCUACGUGCAGCUCUUUCCCGCUGAAGAAGACGUGCUCUUGCUCGUGAAGGACGCGCUCGCAAUGCCAUUCGGCGUCGUUGGCACCAAGCACAAGAAGCGGCUCUUGAAGCUCCACGAGCAGCUCUUGGGCUCGUCGGGCGAGAAUGGCGGCGAGCCCACGCCGGCGCCGGUCGAGCGCACAUACAGCUGUGUGGGCAUGGACGCCGACGGCUACUUGAGCCUCCUCGACGACGAGUCGGGUGACAUGAUCGAGUCGCUUCAAGUGCAAAAGAAGACGCCGGAAUGGCGCACGAUCAAGAAGCACGUCGACGAUGGCAACGUGCGCGUCCGCGUCCUCGACGACGAGAUCGUUGCCGUCGAGAUCGAAGAUGACGCUGCGUAA